GGGAUUUUGACCAUUUCAGACUUGGAAAGAAAAUCUAGUUGAUAGUGAUUUACGACAAUGAUUCUCAGGAGCAGUGUCGCUCAGCUUCUUCAUCAUCAUCAUCAUCACUUUAAUCAACCAUCUCGCGUUCUUCCGCGAAAAUCUUCUUCAGACAACAGUCGCAUCAAGUUCCCAAUCUCUCCACACACCCUAUCUUUAUCUUACUCUGAUGUUCAAUUGAAACGUUGGGAUUCCAGAUUAGUGGUUCAUAGGCGUGUAUCUGGUGAGUUUUCUGAUGGGAUUGAUCAGGAUGAACAUGAACCUCCAAAUUAUGCACAAAUUUCACCUCAGAAACUUGAACACAAGACAUCUUUUGUGGAAAUUCCAAAGACAACCAACUCUUUAUUGCCUCAAGUAGUUCUUGCUAGUACAAUAUUGGUUCUUGUCUUUCCACCAUCUUACACAUGGUUCACUAGCAGGUAUUAUGCCCCGGCUUUAUGUUUCUUGAUGUUUACAGUCGGAAUUUAUUCAAAUGAAAAAGAUUUUGUUGAAGCUUUCAAUAAACCACAAGCUUUUUUUGCACGUUAUCUUGCCCAAUUUGUUCAAAAACCAUUUAUUGGUUAUCUUUUUGGAACAUUGGUCAUGACAAUCUGUGGCUUUCCAACUUCCUUAGGUGCUGGGAUUAUGCUAACUACUUGCGUUAGUGGGGCCCAACUCUCGAACUAUGCCACUUUUCUAAUGGACCCCACAAUGGCUCCCCUAAGUAUUGUUGCCACCUCAUUAUCUACUGCUAUUUCUAUUUCUGUGACCCCACUUUUAUCACUUUUGCUGAUUGGAGAGAAAUCGCCUGUUGAUCUCAAACAAAUGGUUUCCAAUAUUUUGCGGAUUGUAAUUUCACCUUUUGCUGUUGGAUUGCUUCUUAACCGGUUUUUGCCAAGAAUGUGUAGCAACAUUCGACCAUUUUUACCCCCUUUAUCAAUUCUAGUGACUUCAGUAUGUAUGGUGGCUCCUAUUGCUGCUAACAUAAACUCUGUUUCAUCGUCUUUUUUGAUAAAAGUUUUUGUGCUUGUUACUGGGCUUCAUAUCUCAGCAUUUGUCCUCUCAAAUGCAUUUUUACUCGCAUUGUUUUCCACAAUUCACUUGAUGUCAAACUACUUCAGAGACAACUUUCUUACAAAACAGGUUGGUAGAGAUGAAGGGAGGAAUAAAUCUUGAUGCAACACCUUUCGUUGAAAAUUGUGGUGGUGGAGAAGAAGGGGGUGGGGCCCUUGUAAUUUAAUACUAAUAUAAACUGUAGUUUAUUGGACAACAAUAACAAUAGCCAUUCAUUUUAAACCAAUAAGAAAAUCAGAAAAUAGUCGGAUCACUUUUAGGAAAAUUAAGCGAACUCACGAUCAUUUGUCAAGGACAUAUCAUGUGGGCAUGU